AUGGGGCGCGGGAAGAUCGAGAUUCGGAAGAUUGACAACGCGACGACGCGGCAAGUGACCUUCUCGAAGCGACGCAAUGGGCUGCUCAAGAAGGCGUACGAGCUGGCGGUGCUGUGCGACGUGGAGAUCGGCGUCAUCAUCUUCUCCGCCACGGGCAAGCUCUUCCAAUACGCCAGCACCAACAUGGACGCCAUAGUGGAGCGGUACCGGCGCCUGGCGCUGGAGACGGGCAAGGACCAUCGCCCGCCGUGGCAGCAGCAGAACCCCCCUCAGAGCAUAGGCCUUGCCACGCCGCUGCAGCACGGCAAAGAGCGGCCGGGCGAGCAGCAAGCGAAGAGGCUCCAGCUGCAGCAGUUGGAAGGCAAGGCCAUGGCCACGCCACAGGGAAUGCUCGAGGCAGCAGAGCAACAGGAUCAACCGCGCGACUUGGAGCUUUCAAGGCUGCAAGACCAGCCGUUGACGGCGCUUGCUUGCCUCGACGCAACAGGAGAGUCGUUUGAAGGCCUGGGAUUGGAUGAGAUGAGGCGGGUGGAGAAGCAGCUAGAAGCCUGCCUAUCUCGAUUGAGAGAAAAAAAGGAGGAGCUGUUCAACCGAACCAUCUCCCACCUCAAAUCGCGCCUGGAGGAUAAGAGCAACGCCGAGGCACGCGCAGGGGCGGAUGCUGGUGGUGAGGGAAUGGUGGGAGCAGGAGGUGGGGAGGCGGUGAGAGCAGGGGAUGAGGGCGAGAGUGGGGGCAGAGAGAGGGUGGAGGAUGGAAGGGAGUGCCCGGGGGCAGACAUGGAGGGACACCGCGAGGAGGCGGAUGUGCAGGGCAAUGGGGAUGGGGACGCGGAGGGGUAUGGGGAGGAUGGUGGCGAGGGGGGUAUCGGGGGGGGUGAGGAGGAUAGGGAUGAUGAUGACUGCAGCGAUGCUGGCGCUGGUUUUGGUGCUGAUGCGGAUGCUGCUGCUGCUGGUGAUGAUGAUGCUGGUGCUGGUGGGGCAGCAGUGCCAUCGACAGCCAUGGGGAUGGAAGGGGGCGUGGAUGGGUUGCAGGAGAGUGACUCCGAUGACGAUGAUGAUGACAAUGACGCCAUUCACCACGCCUUCCCAUUGCCCGCUUCUUCUUCCCACAGCCAUGCCGUGUCAGCCCGUCCCUGGAGCCACCCGUCUCACCCGCACAGCCGUGUGCACGGCACCUCGCGCGGCAUCUUGCAUGCACAUGCCGGUGGGCGCCCAGCAGGUGUGCCGGUGGGGCGUGGCACCGCGCACUCACGCGAGGCUCACCCCGCAUCACCUCACCGCUCUGCACCGUUAUCUGCCGUUUAUGCUACCAGUGAAGGCGCUGCUGCCGCUGCUGCGGCUGCGAGUGGAGUGGCAGCGCUGGCGGAGGCAGCGAGGGCGAUGGUGAAGCAGGAGGCGAUGGAGGCGGCAGAGGCGCACGGGACGGAAGCUGCUGCACUGCCUCUUCCCCCUCCCGCACAUGCACUGCCCAACACAGCGGCUCAGGUGUGGAUGGGUCGAGGUGAGCCAGAGGGGGCAUUGAGAGGCGAUGCGGCAGGGGGUGCAGCAGCAGCUGGUGGUGGCGCUGAUAUCGCAACGCCUGCAGCAGAAGGGGACAGAGCCGCUAUGGAGGGUGCCUUUGAGGUCUUGCCAGUGGAGGCGUGGAGAGGCAGAGGUCCGAGUGAUGGGGUCCCAGGCAAUGGGCUGUCGAUCGUUGCGGCCUUGCUGCGAGGGAAGCGCGGCCCAGAUGAGCCGCUGGUGCAGGAGAAAACGAAGCUGCUGAGAAGGUUCUGGAUGGAUGCGGAGGGGGGUCAGCAGGGGGAUGGGAAUGGGCAGCAUCAGCCUCCUCCUAAGCAGCAGGCAGAGCAGCAGGCAGAGCAGCAGCGCGACGAGAGUGGAGCACAUGGAGCGGGCAGUGGCGAGCGUGUGCAGUUGGGGUUGACAGGCAGUGCACCUACUCAGCUGCGCACGGGCUCACAUGGCCCUGGCCGUGAUGCUGCUGCACAGCAGGCCGUGCAGGCACGCAGCACAAGUGGUGCACCCGGGCCUGGUGCUGCCGGCAUGCCGCAUGCCACGCCACCCGAACCUGUCCCUGCUGGUGCUGAGCAGGGGAAGGGAGCCAAGGGAAGGGGUAGUGAGACGUUUGGUGGGAUUCAAGGCCCGCGCGUGCAGCCACAACAGCCAUUGUGGCAGCAGGAGAAGGAUACGAGGUAUGGUGCGACACAUGAUGGCGGAGUGAAACAAGGCGGGGCGAUGCAGCUCGGGAGCUUCUCACUGCCGUCUGCAUCCACCACCGGUGCAGCCCACGCAGCCCACGCAGGCCACACAGUGGCCGCUGAACCCCUUGCAGUCAACAGCGCGUUUCCCGCCACUGGAAGUGCCCCACAGCAGCACAGGGGGCUUCCCCAAACGGAUCUGAAUAUCGGGCUGUACGGCGCCUUUGAUGACGAUGGUCUCACACCAUAUGAAGGACCCUACUAG